GCUUCCCGCGCGUCAGUACAAGUAAUAAUAGUACGCAUUUUAAUUAGCACUGUUUGGCUGUCGCCCGUUUUCAAGCUACCUGACGUAAAGUAGGAUACCGACACCUGAAGCCGUAAACGAUGCAAAGCCACGCCCUCCAGGGACAUGCUACCGGUACCAAUAGGCCAGCUAGGCCUGGACGAGCUCAAGUUCGCCGACUCAGUCCGGGACCAUGUAGAGCUGGCCGAGCAUACUGCAUGUCUAUGCUGGACCCGAAAAUGAGACGGGAUCCUCAGAAGAAGCAAAGUCCAUUUACCAACUUGCGCUUGUACAUCGAUAGCGCGAACGUCACACAGUGGGAGCUGUGGUUGUCAACGAACAUGUUCUACGGCAUCACGACCAACCCAGUAAUUCUGGAGAAGGACGGCCAGCGCUGCACGCUAUCCAACCUGUCGCGGCUGUGUCGCAUCGGCGCGGAGCUGGGCGCGCAGGAGAUGCAGUUCCAGGCGUGGGGCGAGAGCACGCAAAACAUGGUGUCGGUGGCACUCGACAUCUUCGGCAUGAACCCGGAGCUGGUGGUGGUGAAGCUGCCGUGCACGCUGGAGGGCUUCCAGGCGGCGGCACUGCUGCGGGAGACAUCGGUGCGGGUCACCAUGACGGGCAUCUACUCCAGCCCUCAGGUACUGCUGGCUCAGAGCAUUGGAGCCGAGUACGCGGCGCCGUACCUGGGCCGCAUGAACGACGCGUACGGCAACAACCAAGGCUUCACGGAGGUGCUGGAGAUGCACCGCAUCCUGCAGGCUCAGCAGGCGCGCACCCGCCUGCUGGUGGCGUCCAUCAGGGACACGUCCGCCAUGGCCAGCCUGGCAGCGGAGGGCUGCGAUACCUUCACCAUCUCGCCCGCCGUCGCUGGCAAGCUCUUCGCCGUGUCGUACACGCUAGACGCCGUGGAGCAGUUCGAGGCGGCCGCACGCCGCAUGGGCGCAUACGAGCAGGAGGAGGGAGCCACCACCUCCACCCUGCUGCCCAAGAACCCCUCCCCCAUCUCCUCCGCACCCUCCUCGCCGCUCGCCUCCGCCUCCACCUCGUCAUCCGCAGCGGCGGCCGCCGCGAUUCACUCCUCGCCGCUACGCGCGGCGGCGGCGGCGACGGCGCGGCGGCAGGAGCAGCGCCCCUGGCAGCAUGACGCAGGCUACCCGGACUCGUCUAUCGUCAGCUCUGGAGGCUCAUGCAUCUGAUGACCCAGACGGCGUCCGCAAGACAUCUCCACGACUCAUCCCGGCGAGGAGAAGAAUAAAAGUAACGCUACGUCUGGGGGAGGAGGAGGAGGUGGUGGUUUUUAUGCCCUUCCGUACCGUAUUGGCAGUUGGGGGGUGGCCUUCAGGCGCUGUGUGAUAGGGGGACAGACUGUAUGGUGGUUGAAAGCCAUUGCCGUUGUCCCUUGGGUGAACCCUGGUUAGAAAGCACUUGAUAACUAAGUUUGGCACAAAAGUAGUAGGCUGGUAGGAUUGGGCUGUCGUACCUUCGCGCUCGCCUCGUGUCUCUUACUUGACUAUCUCGUUGCAGGUGAUGGCAUUUACAAUGCAGUACGAAUACUAGCGUGUUUCUCUGGACCUAGCCGUAUUGUUGUUACACGGAUCAUGGUCUGGGACAACCUUUACUGUCGCCCGCCCUUGUAUGCCUGGCACGAACAGACAGACACUUUUGAAGUCGGAUGGGCCUUGCUGUCGGUGCCCGUCGGUGGCACACUACUUGGCUUCUACCGGUGUUGUACGGGAGACAGCCACGUGGGUUGUUGGCAGUUGCGGACGGCAUUUCGUAGUUUUGUGUGUUAGUAAGGAAGAAGACGAAUGAUGUGUACCGGGGUAGCAGGGCGGUGUGGAAGGGGGCGCACAACGCCGUGGGGUAGGUGCUGGAAGGAAGCAGGAUGGGGUGUCGGGAAGUAGAACGGCGCGACAGGGCACAGGGUGCAAUUGGGUUUCCGGGUUCUUGGCCAGUCUUAUGGUGCAUGCUCGUCAUCAAGCACUAAGCGGUUGCUUAUUAUAUGGAUAUUGUGAUUAGAGUUGCUGCCUUGACUCGCUAUAUACACAUGGGUAGCUGAUGGCUGGCCACCUUUCGCGGGGAUUUUCGGUUGGGGUUUGUACGACUCGCCCCUCGCCCCUUACGUAAAGCCGCAGCUGUGAAUGCGAUUUUUACGAACGACUCAAGUGCGACGCACAACCAUAUGCAGCUGUGGGCGUAUGUUGAGGCCAUUGCAAGGGUUGUGUACGAAUGUUGGCCUAGGCGAGACCUGUUGUCGGACGAAUGUUGAGCGAUGACACAGCUGCGAAGGUGGUCUUGCUUGUUGAGGCCCCUUUAGGCAGGUGUCCAUGUCAAGUAUCUACACAGUGCUCCGCGCAUUUACAUCCUGCAGGGUAGUACCGGAUAAAGUGCACCACACCGCUGUUUGCAAGGAGGAACCGGCCGCCCUGAGGAAAGUGUCCUUACUUGCCAAUGCCCGACCCAGGUUUGUGCGUGUGCGCUGGCAUUCACUUACGGCUCACCUCGUCGUGAGCCUCGCUCGAG